AUGAUGUCCAAUCAUAUGCAUGAAGAUCCAGUGGUCUCCACACGAGUGGUACUUUCUCAUGCCAUUGGGUCAUCAGAGGAACUGCCAGGCAGUGUUCCUGAUCUGAGAGAAGAGGUCCAGUGGCGUACACCAUGUAACAACCAUAACACACUCCUAGACCAGGAUAAAGAUAGAGGUGGGUCGAAAGUCCCUUGCCGAUAUGUACCACUAGAUAGAGCUGAACAGGCAAAAAGAGGUCACACCAUCAUCGCUUGUCUUGAUGACUAAUCUGUGAUCUCGCGAGGACCUUGUGAGUUUCAGUUUGACAAGAUCUUCAAACCAGAGUGCACACAGGAGGAGGUCUUCACAGAGUGCAGUGGCUAAGUGAAUACGAUCAAUGGAUUUACCAUAUACAUUUUUUUGGCGUAUCGCCAUAUGGGUUCAGGGAAAACCUUCACAAUGGUUUGAGACAGUGAUCGAAGGAGCCCAAGAACCAUUCCAAGAACAUUCACCAAGAUCUUUGAGAUCAUCGAGGAUAAUGAUUUUAAAUUUGAGUUUAAGUACACUUGGUAGUUGGUUUCAGCCUACAUGCUGGAGCUGUACAGUGACUGCCUACAGGAUCUCUUUGUGAGCCCCACUGAAGCUUUCAGCAAGCGAAUUGAAAAUGUGAGGGACAGAAAGGGGCUUGUGUUCGCCCAUGGAGCAGAGACAAAAGAGGCCACCAGCGCUGGUGAACUUGCAUUAUUUAAGCAGGGAUGUGCAAACCGCAACAUUGUGACCACAAGUAUGUAACUUUAAAAGUCUUUUCACCCCCAACUUUUGUCUUGGAUUCUCUCACAACAAUCUGUUCCCCAGGAGGCAAACUCUGUU